UCAGUUCGCUAUCAUGAGAAAUUUGUUUAUAAUAAUUUUUUCUAAGUGUUGAAAAACUAGGGUCUCUUAUUAUAAGUGAGAAAGAAGCAGUAGUAGCCAGAGAAGUUUGAGUUUGAAAUUUGGAUCGUGAAAAAGAUCAGAGAAAUAAUGGGAAGAGCUCCUUGCUGUGACAAGGCAAAUGUGAAGAGAGGGCCAUGGUCACCUGAAGAAGACACAAAGCUGAAAGAGUACAUAGACAAGCAUGGAACUGGUGGAAACUGGAUCGCUCUUCCUCACAAAGCUGGUCUAAAGAGGUGUGGAAAAAGUUGUAGAUUGAGAUGGCUUAACUAUUUGAGGCCUAACAUUAAGCAUGGUGAAUUCUCAGACGAGGAAGACAGAAUAAUCUGCAGUCUUUAUGCUAAUGCAGGUAGCAGGUAUAUAGUUAUAUACAUACCCUCAUGUCCAUCAUAUCCAUGUAUCUAAAAGAGGUAAAAUGAAAAGAGA